AUGGAUUGCAGCAACAAACCUCAUGCAGUUCUUGUGCCAUACCCAGCACAAGGCCAUGUAACCCCUUUCAUGAAGCUUGCAAAACUUCUAUACUCUCAUGGCUUCCACAUAACCUUUGUCAACACCGAAUUCAAUCACCGGCGUCUCAUCCGUUCCAAAGGCCCUGAAUCAGUCAAGGGCAUCCCGGGCUUCCGUUUUGAGACCAUCCCGGAUGGUAUGCCACAUUCGGAUCGAGACGCCACUCAGGACGUGCCCAUGUUGUGUGACAUGACCAGAAAGACUUGUUUGGGUCCGUUUAAAGAGUUGUUGUGUCGGCUGAACUUGACGGACGGAGUUCCGAAGGUCAGCUGCGUUAUUGGAGAUGGUGUGAUGAGCUUUGCCAUUAAAGCUGCUAGGGAUUUAGGGAUUCCGGAGGUUCAGUUUUGGACUUCUCCGGCUUGUGCUUUUAUGUGUUUUUUGCAUUAUAGAGAGUUCAUUAAAAGGGGCAUUGUUCCCUUUAAAGAUGAUAGCUAUCUAACGGAUGGCACGCUAGAAAAACCAAUUGACUGGAUUCCGGGGAUGAGCAAUCUUCGUUAUAAAGAUAUUCCAAGCUUCAUUAGAACAACGGAUCCAAACGAUAUCAUGUUCGAUUUCAUGGGUGAGGAAGCUCAAAACAACUUAAAUGCACCCGCGAUCAUAUUCAACACGUUCGAUGCAUUGGAACACAAAGUAGUCAAAGCGAUUGCUUCAAAAUUCAACUACCCGAACAUAUAUACAAUAGGCCCUCUUCCUUUACUAGCCAGAUAUGUACCGGACGAAAGUCCAGUACAAUCACUCAACUCGAGUCUGUGGAGGCCAGACUCGAGUUGCUUCCAAUGGCUAGACCAAAAGAAAGAAGGGUCUGUUAUCUAUAUCAAUUACGGUAGCAUAACUACCAUGACUAAUCAACACUUUGAUGAAUUCGCGUGGGGCUUGGCAAAUAGUGUGCAACCAUUUUUAUGGGUGGUUCGACCCAAUGUGACGAUGGGGGAUUCAACAUCUAUGUCUGAAGAAUUCUUGGAAGAGAUCAAGGAUAGAGGAAUGUUGGUUAGUUGGUGUGAUCAAGAAAAGGUUCUGGCCCACCCUUCGGUUGGUGCAUUUUUAUCGCAUUGUGGAUGGAACUCGACGACUGAAAGCAUACUCGAAGGUGUCCCAUUGAUCUGCUGGCCGUUCUUUUCAGAUCAACAAACAAAUUGUGGAUUCGCUUGCAACGAAUGGGGGAUUGGGAUGGAGAUUAAUCAUGAUGUGAAGAGAAAUGAAGUUGAAGCCCUUGUUAGGGAGAUGAUGCAAGGGGAAAAGGGGAAGGAAAUGAGAAGAAAUGCUAAAGAAUGGAAAAGAAAAGCAAAAGAAGCUACUGAGAUUGGUGGUUCAUCAUACAAUAAUUUCCAGAAAUUUAUCAAAGAGGAACUUCAUUACCAUAUUUGAUGUUAAAGAUGCUUUUGAUUCUUGAAGAAUGACGAUCUUAUUAAUAUUUAUGUAUUUCUUUUAUGUUUGUUUUUUCAAUAUUUGAAGUAUCAUUCAAUUAACAUAUAUUUCAAGGAAAAAGUAGUUGUUUUA